AUGAACUCAUAUUCUGAAAUUUCAUUACAUUUUCUUAAAAAUUUAAAGGACAGAAUAACACCAACUCAAGAUUUAUAUGCAAAUUUAUUGAGCAAGUAUGAAUUAAAUUUACCAUAUCGGUACUCUGACAAUGAAGUAAAUUGAAUUAACAAAGACUGAAAGAAAGACGUCAAAUUAAAAGUUAAAAGAUACUGGCAAAAAAUACAUGAAAAAGAAAUUGAUAAAAAGAUUACACUAAAAACGUACAAAUUCUUAAGAGAGAUUAACCUUAACUCUAAAUGUCAACUGCGAUUUUGAAAUCUAAUUAAAAACUUGGUAAGUGAAGCGAGAAUUAAAGCAGCAUGAAGAUACGCAGCAGGACCUGCACAAACUCUAACAGCCCUAAGACACUCAAAGAAAAAUCAAAAUAUUAAUCAAAAUGAUAUGUGUAAUUUAUGUAAAACGAAAGAAACAGAGAAACACAGCAUAAAUAUAUGUAUAAAAUACAAGAAUGAAAGAAGAGAUUUUAUCAAUCAUUUAAGAGAUAUUAUUGGAGUAAAUUACGAAAGAACCACACCAUAA